GUAGGCUCUAGGAUGACAUAGAUAAUGGUCUAAAAAUCUGGCGUAAAUUAUAGAAUGAUCGCCAUUCCAUUUGCGUUUUAUUUAUCAAUGCUGCUGCGAAUUUAAUUUGGUUUAGUAGAGUUUGUCAUCUGAUAAAACAUGAACCGUCAAGCGUCUGUGGAGUUGGGAACAGCAGCAUAGAGAUACGGGCGGAUAGGCUGUCUGAUUUUGGGACGACGUGUCGCAGGCGUUAUCACUUUCGGAUCGAAACAAUUUUACCCAUUAGAGAACCAAUCAUUCUGCUCUUUCCAUAUAUGGCGUGUAAUGUGCGGCUCUAUAUGUGUACUGAUUUCACGAGCUUCACUCAGAAGGUAGACACACUGCGGAAGACCUUGUACUUGUCUUUUUCUCAGGUCCUUCAGUCGACCCUAUUAAAGGGUUGUGGUUUGUCUGUUUUCACCCAGAUGCCUUGUUUGUGUUGUGGAAGACGCAAUAAGAUUGACUUAGCUGAGGAAGAACACGAAGAAGUCAUCACUCCAGCAAAAGACAGCACCAUGCCGUAUGUUGUACAAGGAACCCCAGAGGCUGCAAAGGCAGACUUGGACUUUGAUCUGGUGAUGAACGCCAGUCUUGCCAAGAAUGAAUACCCCAAGGACAUUAUUGAGGCAGCCAUGAAAUCAGAGCGCUGUCCCUUGGGUCUCAAGUUCUGUACACCUGAGGUCUGGGAGAAGUACAAGGACACUAAGUCUUCUGGCCCUGCCAAGUGGACUUUGGCUCGUGCUAUCAAUACAGGCGUCUGCUAUCCAACUUCUUUCAUGGGCUGCCAUGCAGGCGACAAAGAAUCCUACGACGACUUUAAGGACUUCUACUACCCUGUCAUCCAAGCCUAUCACAAGGGCUUCGAUAUCAACACAUCCAAGCACGUAACCGACAUGGACCCGGAGAAAAUCUCGACUGAACUGAGCGACUCUGCCAAGGCUAAGAUCAUCUCAACCCGCAUCCGUGUGGCCAGGAACCUGUCGAUGUUCCCCCUCAACCCUGGAGGCAGCAAGGAGUCGAGGCUGGAGAUCAUUGAUUUGAUGGCUAAGGUGUAUGACUCUUUGGGAGACGACCUCGCCGGUAACCUCUACAGACAUACGACCAUGACGGACGAGGAGCGGCAAAAACUAGUGGACGACCACUUCCUCUUCCGUGGGAAAGAUAAGAUGCAGGCGGCGUCGGGAUACCACGAGUUUUGGCCCGAGGGUCGCGGGAUCUUCAUCAAUAAGGCCAAGACCUUCCUGAACUGGAUCAACGAGGGUGACCACCUGAGGAUCAUCUCCAUGGAGAUGGGUGGUGACGUCAAGGGAGUCUUCACAAGGCUUUCAAGAGGAGCAAAAGCGAUCGAGGACGGAGUGAAAGAAGCGACGGGAGCCAAGGAUGCUUUUAUGAUGCACCCAACAUUUGGCUCAGUCACCUGCUGUCCCACUAAUAUCGGUACAGGCAUGCGCGGGUCGGUGCAUAUUCUCGUGCCCAAGCUGAUCGCUAAGAUCGGCUUUGACGCAAUCGACAAAAUUUGCCGAGAGCGCAACUGCCAAGCUCGGGGCUCCACCGGAGAGCACUCGGAAGUCAUCGACCGCAUUGAUGUAAGCAACUGGCGUCGCAUCGGAUUCCCCGAGUAUCAACUGGUGGAUGACAUGAUUCAGUGUGUGAAUUUCCUUGCAGAGGAAGAAGACAAGCUACCUAAUGAGGAGGCGAGCGGAUAGACUCGAACUAAGCCAAACAAUUAGAACAGCUUUUUGAACUAUGCUAGAAGCCUUUGAAUAGACUAAUAUAGUGUGCGCGCAAGUGGCAUUGAAUGAAUAAGAAAGUAUUUAUUGCAAUGGGGUGUGAAUAAAAAAGGAUCGCUAUUAGAGGUGGUCUUUUUAAUACUUGA